GAGUGUACAUGUGCAAACAGAGGUCUGUACUUUGGAGUGUUUCGGAGUUCGGUGUGUGUGUGUGAAUGUGUGUCAGAGCGUUGAAGCUGUUUGAAAUGGCACUAUUUUCUUUGUCUUUCUCGUGUUUGCUGCUUUUGGACUUUCAGCUUGUCUAUGGAGCUUCAGCCUCAGCUCCAGUGUUCCUGUCCGGUGAGGGAGCAGCCAGUGUUCUGCAAAGACACAAACGCUCUAACACCGGUGUGUUUGAGGAGCUGCUGGAAGGCAGCUUGGAGAGGGAGUGUAUGGAGGAAGUGUGUGACCUGGAAGAGGCCAGGGAGGUUUUCGAGGAUGACGAGAAGACAAUGGCGUUCUGGGUGGCAUAUGUAGAUGGCAAUCAGUGUAAAUCAAGCCCAUGUCUGAACCAGGGGACAUGCAAAGACCAGCUCGGCUCCUACAGCUGCUCAUGCUCGGCUGGCUUCACUGGCAGGAACUGCGAGAUUGGUAUUGCUAAAAGGUGUGACGUGAACAAUGGAGACUGUAUGCACUUCUGUGAGUCAAUGGGAACCUUUGGAGCAAAGUGCUCCUGUGCAGCAGGAUACAGACUGACAAAGGACGGCCUUAAAUGUGAAGCAGAAACUGAAUUUCCGUGUGGCAGGACCGCCCUGAUGGAAGCGAGCUCAGUAUUCACCAGGUCUCUGCUGCGCCGUGUGAACGCAAGUCUGCAGAACACCACCUCACUGACCAACAUCACCACCACUGCAUCCCCUCCCUCGACUCCAGCCAGGACCACAGCACCUUCUCCAGCCACAAAUGGCUCUACAGGAAGUACCUUAUGGGUAUACAGUGGCUUCCCCACCGAGAGGCCGCGUAGGGGUAAUAAACGCAUUGUCGGUGGCGAGGUGGUAAUUCCUGGAGAGAUCCCAUGGCAGGUAGCCUUGAUAGAGCGUCCCAGUGGCAUGUUAUUCUGUGGGGGCACCAUUCUCAGUGAGCGCUGGGUUAUCACUGCUGCUCACUGCCUGAUGGAGGCCCGCAACUCCUUCUUCAUCAGAGUGGGGGAACACAACAUCAAUAUCCACGAGGAUGCAGAGCAGAAUCACGAUGUGUUGAAGGAGCACAUACACCCCCUGUACAACGCCAGCGUAAGCUUGUACAACCAUGACAUCGCCCUGAUUUACCUCAAAAGCCCGAUCAUCUUCUCCAAAAAAGUCCGGCCCAUCUGCAUAGGGCCCAAGGCUUUCAUUGAGUUCUUGGUGAGGGAGUCUUCCCCAGCUACAGUCAGCGGCUGGGGCCGAACACGCUUCCUUGGAUCAACGGCUGCCACGCUGCAGAAGGUCGAGGUUCCCUUCACAGAUCGGACAGAGUGUAAGCACAGCAGCAGUGCCAGGAUCACCCCCUUCAUGUUCUGCGCUGGAUACUACGAUGAGGCAAAAGAUGCGUGUCAGGGUGACAGUGGAGGACCUCACACAAACAGUAUUCAUAACACGUGGUUCCUGACGGGUAUUGUGAGCUGGGGGGAAGAAUGUGCAAAGGAAGGGAAAUAUGGUGUGUACACCCGGGUGUCCCUUUAUUACAACUGGAUAAAACAUGUUAUGGGAUUAACUAGACGUGCGCUCCCAUUUGCUGUGGAUGACGAAGAUCUUUAAAUUUAUAUGCUAUAUAUUUUAGCAGUAAAUAUAACCGGUCUACAAACAUAUUGCAUGUAUAAUAAAUUAUCCAUUUCCACUCAAUGCAAUUUCAAAUAAACAGGAUGCUUUGAAUUGUA